AUCUAUAGUUGGUCUGGAUUGUAAGCGCUUUUCCUUGCCGCCAAAUGUUAGAGGCGAGCUCAGUGAAGAGUAUUUAUUAGCCCCUUGGCCUCAACAAGGUCCAGCAGAACAUCCCACACAAUUCCAUCCACCUUCUCCAAGUUGCCUUGUGACGUCAGAAGCUCCUGCAAGAUGGCAAUUCCUAUAGCUCUCGUCACCGUGACCACUUUGGCUGCAAUGAUCCUCACACAGGCAUCUGACCCUGAGCUCACCACCGAUUACUACGUCAACAGCACUACCGACAAGACCACUGUCACCAGUGAUUACUUCACCUCCGAGGUAUUUCGGGGAGGUAUUACCAUCCCAGAAGGUGCUACGGUGUUCACGAAGAGGAUAACUUCGGAGCCUGACAGCCUUCCUUCGCUCACUGGCCUGGGAGUGUCGGUUGCUAUGAUCAAGUACCUGCCCGGCGGCACCAACCCCCACCACACGCACCCCAGAGGCACCGAGGUUCUGUACGUGAUGGAAGGGAAGCUCACUGUGGGGCUGGUGGACACCACCAACAAGCUCUUCACCCAGGUGCUUAGCGUCGGCGAUGUGUUCGUGUUUCCCAAGGGACUGGUGCACUACCAGAUCAACCUGGGCAGUAAGCCUGUGGUGGCUUACAUCUCCUUCAGCAGCUCUAAUCCUGGCACUGUGUCACUUCCAGCGACCUUGUUCGGCAGCGGCAUCCCCGACAAAGUGCACAAGGUCGCAUUCAAGGUGGAUGGACAUGUGGUGGACAAGCUACAAGAGCCAUUCAACAUGUAGGUCGGGUGUUCAUGACACUAGGAAGAUAUUUCUUUAUGGACUGGAGCAUAUCCUAGACUGGUUGAGAUAAUUACAGAAAUAAACUGAAAUCUCUAUCAGCCCACUAUGGAGGUCUCCAUUCUGGGUUUGAACUCUUGCUGUGCUGAGUGGACGAUUGUCACUCAUUUGAUUUCGAGCAUCGCACUUUCAACUGUCAACUGUAGGAUUCGUCUUGAUAUCGACGAUGAAGUAGGUCUUGUUUUAGUCGAUGCUUGCAGUUGAACCCACAUUCUCUGUUAAUGUGGUUGUGGACAAAGUUGAGAAAACGUCCAUCGAUGAAGGAGUUUGUAUUCAGAAGA